CCCUCCUCCUCCUCCUCCUCCUCCUCGGCUUCGACCUCCGCCUCCUCCGGGCUGCCUGCCUCUUUCUCUCCCUCCCUCCCUCCCUCCUUCUCCCUCCUCUUCUCUUCUCUUCUGGGGCUCCUGCCCUGUCCAUCCCCCGCGGAGUGUCCGUCCAUUGGCGUGGCGCGCUGCUCUCUCUCUCUCUCUCUCUCCCUCCUCCCUCUCUCUCUCUCUCCCCCUCCCUGGGCUCCCGCCUCCUCCUCCUCUUCCUCCUCCUCCUCCUCCUCCUCGCCCUGCCCAUGUUUUGUAUGUCUGUGUCCAUCCAGGCGCUUGACGUUCAAGUUCGUCGGGAACGUCACGUCCGCACUUGAACUUGCAGCUCAGGGGGGCUUUUGCCAUUUUCCCCCCCUCAUCUCUCUCUCUCUUUCUCUUCUUCUCUUCUUCCUUUCCUUUCCUCUCCUUUCCUUCUCUCUUUCUCUUUCUCCUCCUCCUCUGUAAAGAAGCACGGAAAGAAAAAGCCAAGCAAAGAAAAGAAAAAAGAGAAAAAGCCAAGCCAUGCCUGCUCUCCCACCACCGCUACCACCACCACCAUUCAUCUUCCCCGCGCCAUCUUUGUAUUCUUAUUUCUAAUUUAUUUUUGGAUGUCAAAGGCGCUCGAUGAAGAGCUCGGCCGGGAAGGGAGGGAUGUGAGGAGGAGGAGGAGGAGGCGGAAGAGAGCCGGGGAAGAAGAAGGAGAAGAAGCAGGGGAAGAGGAGAGGAAGAAGGAGGAGGAGGACUGCCAACGUUGCUGCCGCCGUUGCUGCUGCUGCUGCUGCUUCUCCUCCAUCUCCAGCGCCAGCGCUCCCGCCGCCCCUCCGCGAUGUCUCGCCGCAAGCAAGGCAAGCCGCAGCACUUAAGCAAGCGGGGAUUCUCACCCGAACCUAUCGAAGCCAUUCUUACGGAUGAGGAACCAGACCACGGUACAUUGGGAGCUCCAGAAGGGGACCACGACCUCCUCACCUGUGGCCAGUGUCAGAUGAACUUCCCGUUGGGGGACAUCCUUAUUUUUAUUGAGCACAAACGGAAGCAAUGCAAUGGCAUUCUUUGCCUAGAGAAGGUUGUGGAUAAGCCCCCAUCACCCUCGCCGAGCGAGCUGCGGAAACCAUCCAAUCCUGUGGAGGUUGGCAUCCAGGUCACGCCUGAAGAUGACGAUUGUUUGUCAACGUCAUCGAGAGGAAUUUGCCCCAAACAGGAACAUAUAGCAGGUAAAGAUGAACCCAGCAGCUACACGUGUACGACAUGUAAACAGCCAUUCAACAGCGCCUGGUUUCUUUUGCAACACGCACAGAACACUCAUGGAUUAAGAAUCUACUUAGAAAGUGAACAUGGAAGUCCCCUGACGCCACGGGUUGGUAUCCCAUCAGGACUAGGUGCAGAAUGCCCUUCUCAGCCGCCACUCCAUGGGAUUCACAUUGCAGACAAUAACCCUUUUAAUCUGCUCAGAAUACCUGGGUCAGUUGCGAGAGAAGCAUCAGGUCUUGGAGAAGGACGCUUCCCUCCCACACCGCCUUUGUUUAGUCCCCCUCCAAGGCAUCACUUGGACCCCCAUCGCAUAGAACGUCUGGGUGCCGAAGAAAUGGCCCUUGCAACCCAUCACCCCAGUGCCUUCGACAGGGUGCUGCGACUCAACCCCAUGGCCAUAGAGCCCCCAGCUAUGGAUUUUUCCAGGCGGCUUCGGGAGUUAGCUGGAAAUACCUCUAGUCCGCCAUUGUCACCGAACCGUCCCAGUCCUAUGCAAAGGUUACUACAACCAUUCCAGCCAGGCAGCAAGCCCCCAUUUCUGGCAACUCCACCUCUUCCUCCUCUUCAGUCUGCUCCUCCCCCUUCCCAGCCUCCCAUCAAAUCCAAGUCUUGUGAAUUUUGUGGGAAAACCUUCAAGUUUCAGAGCAACUUAGUUGUCCAUCGUCGGAGCCACACUGGAGAAAAACCGUACAAGUGCAACCUUUGUGACCACGCGUGUACUCAAGCAAGCAAGCUAAAGCGUCACAUGAAAACCCAUAUGCACAAGUCCUCCCCAAUGACCGUCAAGUCAGACGACGGCCUCUCCACAGCCAGUUCCCCAGAGCCAGGAACCAGUGACCUCGUCGGCAGUGCUAGCAGUGCUCUCAAAUCUGUUGUGGCCAAGUUCAAAAGCGAGAACGAUUCUAACAUGAUUCCAGAAAAUGGGGAUGAAGAAGAGGAAGAAGAGGAGGAGGAGGAGGAAGAGGAAGAGGAGGAAGAAGAGGAAGAUUUGACUGAAAAUGAAAGGCAGGACUAUGGGUUUGCCAUUAACCUAGAAGCAGCUCGUCACCAUGAAAACAACUCCCGGUCGAUUGAGGAGAAUCGCUCUAUGCCCGAUGUCAUGCAGGGAAUGGUCCUGAGUUCCAUGCAGCACUUCAGCGAGGCCUUCCAUCAAGUUCUUGGUGAGAAGCAUAAACGAGGGCAUUUGUCCGAAUCUGAGGUGCACAGAGACACUUGUGAUGAAGACUCGGUAGCUGGUGAAUCUGAUCGUAUCGACGACGGCGCCAUGAAUGGCCGGGGCUGUUCCCCUGGUGAGUCUGCUUCUGGAGGUUUGUCCAAAAAGCUGCUCUUGGGUAGUCCCAGCUCCCUAAGCCCUUUCUCCAAACGCAUCAAACUUGAGAAGGAGUUUGACCUCCCAGCAACAGCUAUGCCUAACACUGAAAAUGUUUACUCCCAGUGGCUCGCUGGGUACGCUGCCUCUCGGCAGUUGAAAGAUCCAUUCCUCAGCUUUGGAGACUCCCGACAAUCGCCUUUUGCUUCCUCCUCAGAACACUCCUCCGAAAACGGAAGUUUACGCUUCUCAACGCCUCCUGGGGAGAUGGAUGGAGGGAUAUCAGGCCGAAGCGGUACAGGAAGUGGAGGGAGCACCCCGCAUAUUAGUGGUCCAGGCCCUGGAAGGCCUAGUUCAAAAGAGGGCAGACGCAGCGACACUUGUGAGUACUGUGGCAAAGUCUUCAAGAACUGUAGUAACCUCACUGUCCACAGGAGGAGCCACACUGGGGAAAGGCCUUAUAAAUGUGAGCUGUGUAACUACGCCUGCGCCCAGAGUAGCAAACUCACCAGGCACAUGAAAACGCAUGGUCAGGUGGGGAAGGACGUUUACAAAUGUGAAAUUUGUAAGAUGCCUUUUAGCGUGUACAGUACCCUGGAAAAACACAUGAAAAAAUGGCACAGUGAUCGAGUCUUGAAUAAUGACAUAAAAACUGAAUAGUGGUAUAUUAACAUGUCCCCUUCUCCUAAUUUCCCCCAAUCUACCCUCUCCUCGCCCCCCUCCCCCCCAAUAUAGAGAUUUUCUAGUCCCUUGUGAGUAAAAUAAUGGAAGCUAAGGAUGAUGUUAAGAAAGUGCUUGUCACCAGCACAUCUGUUUUCAUUUUCCUUUUUUAAAAUAUUUUUAUUUCCCCCUUUCUUUUCUGAUUUCACCAUUUUGAAUGCAUGAUCUGUAAUGGGGCAAUACUACGCAAACUUUGAGCCUUUCUCUUGUGCAAUAAUUUACAUGUUGUGUAUGUUUAUUAAUUUUUUUUUUGAAAAAAAAUUAGGCAGCAUGUGUGCUAUGGUUAUGGCUGUUAUUAUUAUUUUUAAAUUGUCCCCGAAUUCGUAGCUGAACGAACACACAAAACAUACACACGCUCACGCAAGCAUGCACACACGCACAAAUAAGAAAGUGUACCAUGGCUGUUCAGAAAAAAAAAAAAAGAAAUUCCAGGGGGAAAAAGAGAGAGAAAAGAAAAACCAAACAAGAAAAAAAUUUGUUAAACAGAAAAAAUUAUUCCAGGGGAAAAAAGAGAGAGAAAAGAAAAACCAAACAAGAAAAACGUUAUUUGUUAAUCAACCGUGCUGCAUACAUUCUCCAAACACAUAUCAUGCACAUAUUUGGUUUUGAAUCAUAUAGAGGAAGAUGUACUUUGAAUUAACUCUUUAUGGACAGAUAGAUCACACUGAAAAAGUAAGGGGAAAAUCCAUUCUGUUAGCUUGAUCUCUGUCUUUAAAAGGAUCUAACGUAUCAAUUCUUUUUGUGGCUUCAGGGGAAGGGAAGGAAAGGAAAAAAAAUAUAGGCCUUUAAUUGAAAAAUGAGGACAGAAACGAGAUUUGAAAUGUGUACUAUCAUUUGGUUUAAAUUGCAAUUCUGAGUGCCUUGAAUCUAUUUAAGCCAUGUUGGUGUGGCAACUCUACUCGUUCUAAACUUGUAGCUCAACUUUUCGCACUUGGCAAUGGAAAAGGAGUCCUUUAGGACCUAGCCAAUAAUUCCCUAUUGUAUUUCUCACGACAGCGGCUACCUAAAAACGAAAGGAAUUUCACAAAGACAACCCAUGAAGUCCUAGUUAAUCAUCAUUCAAACUUCCCACACUCCCCUUUCUUUCGCUUCUCAAAAAAUACAAAAUAGUUGCAUCGCUCACAUUGAUUUGAUUGCAGUUGAGAAUUGAAAACAAUCCCUACCAUUACAGAGAAUAUUUCUCUCGUGCCCUUUCCCCCAGUGUGGCCCUGUCUUAAUCAUAGAGUUGGAAGAGACCUUGUGGGCCAUCCAACCCCAUUCUGCCAAGAAGCAGGAAAAUUGCAUUCAAAGCACCCCCAACAGAUGGCCACCCAGCCUCUGUUUAAAAGCCUCCACAGAAGGAGCCUCCACCACACUCUGUGGCAGAGAGUUCCACUGCUGAACAGCUCCCAGAGUCAGGAAGUUUUUCCUAAUGUUCAGAUUGAAUCUCCUUUCUUGUAAUUUGAAGCCAUUGUUCUGCGUCCUCGUCUCCAGGGCAGCAGAAAACCAGCUUGCUUCCUCCUCCCUAUGACUUCUUCUCACAUAUUUAUACAUGGCUAUCAUGUCUCCUCUCAGUCUUCUCCUCUUCAGGCUAAACAUGCCCAGCUCUUUAAGCAGCUCCUCAUAGGGCUUGUUCUCCUUGAUCUUUUUAGUCGCCCCCCUCUGGAUACAUUCCAGCUUGUCAACAUCUCUUCCAUUGCCCCCCCAGGUUCAAAAUUAUUAUUAAAAAGAUUGUGAAAUUUGCAGAAGUCCUUGAAGAUAAUUAAACAAACUAGAUUCAAAAUUAUUAUUUUGAUGAUUAAAAAGAUUGUGAAAUUUUCAGAAGUCCUUGAAGAUAAUUAAACAAACUAGAUUCAAAAUUAUUAUUUUGAUGAUUAAAAAAAUUGUGAAAUUUUCAGAAGUCCUUGAAGAUAAUUAAGCAAACCAGGGGGAAUUUAAAUGAGGUGGAGAUUUUUCAAAAAUCUUGAUGAUUCUGGCACAAAAAUUGAAAACAGAACGCUAAAAAACACAAAAGAAGAGGAAUUAAUAUAACAAACUCCAGGUCCAGUUGGUUGCCAACUUAUUAGAAAUCAUAUUAGAAACGUCCAACCUAUUGAUCUCUCCGUCUAGGGAAGAACAUAUUAAACAGCCCAGCAAUAAUGAUUUACUGAGAUGUAACACAGUAGUGCAAAAAAUAAUAAUAGUAAUAAUAAUAAUAAUAUAUAAUGAUUUAUUAGCACAACGUGGUACUGUUUGCCAUUUAAAACUAAGAACAGGUUAUAAGCUAAUAUUGGUAUGAUGAUUAACUAUGAGCUAUUCAGAUUUGCCUUGAAGUAUGUGACAUUCUGGAAGAAGAAAAAAAGAAGAAAAGAAAGCUAAUUUUUUAAAAAGAGUAGCAGUGUAUGUCUGUGCUCCCUAAAACGUCGUUCUCCAUUUUGUUUCGUUUGAGCAUAUGCCACAUGCUAGUUGUGUUGACAUGGAAAAAGGAUUCAUUGUUUUUAUGAGUAAGCUAGCAUCUGCCCCGCUGGAUGUUCACAUAGCACUUGACUCGGCCUGUCGUGUCUGUAUCUUUUCCUUUAAUCAGAGGUACACAGGUUGAGUAUAAAAAAAAAGAAACUUUUUUUUAAGACUGCUCAGAUAGGACAAUUGAAAUGCACUGUACAAUUUUCCCAGUUUACAGGUUCUAUACUUUUAAGGGAAAAAUUGCAAGAUUAAUGAAAAAAAAAUUUUUUUGUUGAAAAAAAAAAUUGAACGCGAUCUCGCGGUGAUGAGCAUCUUAAGAAACUCUUGCCAGCUUGCCGUUUGUACUUGACUUAAAUGACUGGGACGCAACAUUACGGCGCUGUGAAUGGGAACAGGUUCUGCAAUUAUAUUAAAAAAAUAUAUAACGAAUUAUUGCUCUCGCUCCUACAGUGCAAGGAUGUGGUUCUUUUUUUUGUACAAAACUUUUUUGAAAUAUAAAUGUUAUGAUUUUUUUUCCUUUUGUUGUUUUUAUAAAAGAAACACUUUGUUAUGUUUAGGGGGGGAAAUAUGUAUUUUAGGUUUCAUUGUCUUGGUGGUGUACAAGACCUGUUCUUCAUUGAAAAACCAGUAGUUGCAAAUCUUAUGCCUUGGGGAUAGACACACAACGUUUCAGGUUGUAAAAUAAAAUGCAUUGGGGAAAAAAAAGGUUUUAAGAAUAUAUAGUACUUAAAUAUAGGAAAUGCACACGCCUGUUGGUUCCUAUGCGAAGAAGAAGAAGAAGCAGAAAAAGCAAACAAAAAAGAAGAAAAAACGCAUUUAUGGUCUCUUUUUUCUGUAAUUUCUAGAAUGGUAUUUGAAUUUAAUGUUCACCUAGAGUAGGCACUAUAGUAUUUAUAAUGAAGCUUGUAUUUUUAACUGUUGCUUGUUUCUCUUUGAAAAAAGAAAAAAAAAGGUCUCAAUAUACCUUUUUUGGUAGUGGAAAAACACACAGAGACACACACACAGACACACAAACAGGCUGCCACAGUAUAUUUUUUUAAUUUGGCAGGAUAAUAUAGUGCAAAAAUAUUUGUAUGUUUCAAAAAAAAAAAUUUUUUUGGACAAGAGUGUGACAUUGUACGAAUAAGAGGCCAUAUAAUGGCUGCUUUUUUGGGGUGGGUUGGGGCAAAAAUUAAAAGAAAAUCUGUUUGAAUGUCGCACUGAACGAGCAUUGCAGAUAGUUGUACAUAUCAAAAGUUCUUUUGGGGUUUCUUUGUUUUUCUGCUGCCAUAUUGUAUGCAGUAAUAAUGCAAGGUGAUGAUGUUGGUUUGUUCUGUAGUGUGAUCUUUGGUCUCUUUUCUUCUUCUCUUUACCCCUUUACAUUCCAGCAUCGUUUUAAAAACAAAAACCUUCAUAUGCAGUAAAAGGAGAGAAAAAAAGCAAACAAAAAAAAAAUAGAAUGAAAGGGAAAAAAUUUUAAAAGUUUUGCAGGUUUUUUUUUCCAUUGCCAAAAAGAGAAAAAAAACCCUAAAAUGGUGCUUUAUAUAUUUAGAUUGGGAAAGGAUUUCAUAUGCAAAGCAUAUUAGAAAGAGAGAGCCCCGCUGGAGUCGAUAACCUUUUUUGUAUAUGGCAAUGCAAAAUAUUUUGUUAUUCUCAGCCUUUUCUAUUCCUGUAAUGAAAGCUGUUUGUCGUAACUUGAAAUUUUAUCUUUUACUAUGGAAGUCACUAUUUAUUAUUGCUUAUGCGCUCUGUUCAGAACAGAGGCGUCAGAUUUGAUCUUUUGUUUCGUUUUCGUUUUUUUAUUUUUUUAUUUUUUUAUUAUUAUUAUUUAGAUGACCAAAGGUCAUUUGCAACCUGGUUCUUUAUUGUAUUUUUUUUCCUAGUCUUUGUUAAGUUCUAUUGGGAAAACCACUGUCUUGUGUUAUUUUUCAGAGGGGGGGAGGCGUGUCUUUUUUUUUUUAAUUGGGCAGUUGUCUGCAUUACCCUGUUCAUUCACCCAUUUUGUCCCCUUAAUUGAAAAAAAUAAAAAUAAAAAAAUAUUGCUUAAAAGUA